CAUUGAGCGAAGUAGGAAGCGAUCUUGACUGGCUUCAGUGCAUGUGUAGCGUUAGCACAUCGCGCAGUAACGGUUUCAUAAUUUGUGAAUAUCUAAUAAUGCAUGUCUAAAUUGAGCUAAAUUAACUUCUAUGUCUUAGACUGACGCGUUUAUUAUUCCUUUAUGUCAUUCACUAUUCUGUAAGUUUUUGCACAACUAAGUUAAUCAGUGAGCAAGGUCAAAAGUUGCUUGACGUGAGACAUUCCACCGGUUUAUGUAAGUGUUCGGAGAUCGACAAGCACAUGGCCGGGUUGAUUAACUUUGAGGACGAACAGGAGGUCAAGCAGUUCCUGGAUAAUUUAGGAGUAGAGUACAGCUACCAGUGUCACCGGGAGAAGGAUCCUGAAGGGUGUCAGAGGCUGGCGGAUUACCUGGAGGGUGUGAAGAGGAACUAUGAGGCCACAGCCCAGGUUCUCAAGCACAACUGCGAGGUGAAUGGCCAUGGAGAGAGCUGCUAUAAGCUCGGGGCUUACCAUGUCACCGGCAAAGGUGGUGUGACGGAGUGUUUAAAGUCGGCGUACUCCUGCUUUAUGAAGGCAUGCAACACCAAAGGGAAGAAGUCUGUGGACGCUUGUCACAACGUAGCUCUGCUGGCCCAUGACGGGAGAAGCGUGGAGGGGGGUACUGACCCACAGGUGGCCCGACAGUAUUACGAGAGGGCGUGUGAAGGAGGCUUCGCCCCCAGCUGUUUCAACCUGAGCACACUUUUCAUCCAGGGAUCUCCAGGGCUGGACAAAAACAUGCCAUCGGCUCUGAAGUACGCCCUGCGAGCCUGUGAGCUGGGACACGUGUGGGGCUGCUCCAAUGCCAGCCGCAUGUACAAACUGGGCGAUGGGACGGAGAAGGAUGAUCAGAAAGCAGAGGAGCUGAAGAACAGGGCUAGGGAACUCCACGGACAGCAGAAAGAAAGGCAACUGAAAUUUGGGGAGUGA